AUGAAUGAAAACUUCAGCGGAGUGAUGAAGAAAGGACGAAUCCAGGAUGCAAACAGAGACGCAAAACACGCCCAGUUCUUCAACGCGGCUCGACUCAGGCGGGCACAAAUGCAGAUCAAAGUGCGCGCUGCUCCCGCUCUUUGUCUGCAGCUCCCUGCAGGUCCACUGAGCACGGGCCUCUUAGUCGAAAGCGGGUAUAACCCAAACUCGCCGCCCUCACACGCGACUUGCACACUGCGCGCCGAAUGCGCCCAUAUCCACUCGCCGCGGGAUCUGUCGUAUCCCAUCACUGUCGUCGACCUCCUCAAAAAGCCGGGUGAGGAUAUCAAACGGUCAGAGAAGCUGUUCAGCUAUCGAUAUGAGACCGACGUCACCGAGGGGGACAAAUGGGGCGGAUGGGAGACGAAGAAGAAGAAGCUGAUAACUAAAUACGAUUCCAGUGCGGCGGGCCAAGUCACUCGAUGGCUCAUCUCGCCCGGUACCGUCAUCGACCGGCAGGGCGUGCCUCUGGUAGAGAUUGAAGAGCCAUGCACGCACGAGACGCAGUUUGGCGGCCUCUGCGCGGAAUGUGGCGAGGACAUGACCAAAAUCGACUACCUCACCAAGGAGCGCGACGUGGCGCGUGCCACCAUCAACAUGACACACGACAAUGUCGCCUUGCUGGUCAGUCAGAAGGAGGCCAACGCUGCCGAAGAAGACGCCAAGAAACGGCUGCUGGGUGCUAAGAAGCUCACGCUCAUUGUCGAUCUCGAUCAGACCGUCAUUCACACCACGUGCGAGCGUACAAUCGCCGAGUGGCAGGCGGACCCGGAGAACCCAAAUCAUGGUGCGGUCAAGGAUGUCGAGGGCUUCCAAUUGGCGGACGAUAAUGUCUCCAAUGUGGCUGCCAACUGGUACUAUGUCAAGAAGCGCCCUGGUCUCGAAGACUUCUUCAAGCGCAUGUCGAAGCUUUACGAGAUGCACGUAUACACCAUGGCCACCCGGGCAUACGCCCAAGCUGUCUGCAAAAUCAUCGAUCCUGACCGAAGAUACUUCGGCGACCGCAUUCUUAGCCGCGACGAAAAUUAUACUGACAAGACCAAGAGCUUGAGUCGGCUAUUUCAGAACACAACCAUGGUCGUCAUCAUUGAUGACAGAGCAGACGUCUGGCAGUACAGCCCUCAUCUAGUCCGUGUUCCUGUAUUCAACUUCUUCCCGGGUGCUGGCGAUAUCAACGCGAGUUUCCUUCCGAAGCAACAAGAACUUGUUUCAUUUGCCAAAGAUAAAUUGCCGCCGACGCCGAAGAAGUCAGAUGGAACCCCACUUUGUGCCAUGUCAGUGGCGGGACAGCCGGCCGAACCAGCUCUUGUCGCAGUUAGCAAUGGCGACCUAAAGGACAUUGGUGAAAAGCUGGUAAAUUUGGCAAAGAAGGAAGACCUCGAGGUACAGGCGAAGGAGCAGGAGAAAGUCAUCAUCGCACAACAGACCGAACGACCUUUGCUGCAGCAACAACUCUUGCAGGACAAGGAAGACGAAGCAGCCGAGGAGGUGGAGGCACCUGGGGAUGUCAUUGCCAACGGCACUCCACAGCAUGCGGAUCAUCACAAAAUCCGACAUAGCAUUUUAAACAAUGACGACCGCGGCCUGGAUGUUAUCGAGCAGAACUUGGUUCGAGUACAUCGCGAGUUCUAUGACCAGUACGUCAGGUCAAAAGCCGUACCAGCGGGCGGUCGCAUUGCAGAGCUGAAGGGCGAGAAGAGUCCGAAGAAGCGUGCUAUGAAUGAUGUGGUUCCCGAUGUCGCAGAGAUUAUGCCGCGGAUCAAGAGUGAAGUACUUGACGGUGCAGUUGUCGUCUUCUCUGGUAUCAUCCCGUUAGGCGUCGAUGUUCAAUCAUCCGACUUCGCAUUGUGGAUCAUGAGCUUUGGCGCUGAGGUCUCCACAACGGUCAAUCGACGAACAACCCAUGUGAUCGCAAACCCGGACAGGAAGACAACCAAAGUCAAGAGUGCUGCACGAUACCCACACAUCAAGAUUGUGAACCCAGAAUGGAUGUUCCAAUGCUGCACACGAUGGGAGCAUGUGGACGAGGGUCCUUAUACCAUUGAAAUCGAUCCCGCUGAGCGAGAAGGUUCGCCCUUCGGGGAUCUUGAUGAUGAGAGCAUCAGCGCCACAGGAGACGAGGCAGACGAAGACGACGAUGCGACAGUCCGACUUGACGCAAUGACCGCAGAUAGCUGGGCAUCGGUAGACGACGAGUUGGCCGAUUUUCUGAACGAGUCUGAAACCGACGGUGGUAGCGACUCCGACUCUGAGAGCGUCCGUUCAGACACCAGCACGACGUCCGAUGUCAAAGAACAGAAAAAGAAGAGGAAACGCACCAGCACGAACUCGACAGAUGGCAGUGACGCCGAAGAAAGCGAUAGCAGCGUGACCAGUACAUCCCGGUUGCAACGACGUAAGAAGCGUACUCUGGAACGCGUGACAUCGUUGACGAAUGUGGUGACAGCGGAGAAGUCGUCUGGUCUUCCCAGCCCCGAGACCACAGGCCCAGAAGAGGGCCAAAACGAAGACGAGGAGAAAGCAUCCGAAGUCAACGGAAGUGCGCCAGACUUACAAGAGGAUUACGACGAUGGGCUGGAAGCUGAAUUGUUGGCAGGCUUUGACGAUAGCGAUGGGGAUGAUUAG